AAGAAGAGAACUUUUGCUCUCAUUGUAUAAGGACUGGCACUCAAGGAGUAGCACAAAAAAAGAACUGUGAAUACAAGGAUUUGGCUACAUGAUGUGGACUUUGCCUUUGCUCCUCUACCUGGGGUCAACCUUGGUUCAGACUCAGAGUAACAAUGAACCAUAUUUUGGUUUGUUUCUCCCGUCUGUUCUGUAUUAUCCGUCUGAUGCGACCUUUUGCAUUCACAUGGAUGGAAAUUCUGUUAAAUACAAUUUGACGAUAAAUCUGAAGUCAGAAUCUGGAAUUACUAACCUUCGUAUUGUGAAAGACGCGAGCCAGAGUCCAUUUUACUGUGAUGUCUUUCAGGUACCACCACCUUCUGGUACCCAAGAAAAAGUACAAAUUGAAGUACGAGGACAGACCUCCGGGGAUUCCUCUCCGCAAAUCAGCAGCAAAUCCGUGAGCAUCCGUAGAAAAACUAACGGAACUUUUAUCCAAACAGACAAGCCUAUAUAUAAACCGGGACAAAAAGUAAAUUUCCGUAUUGUUACCCUCAAUCAGGAUUUGGAGACAAGCAAUGAGAAGUAUCCUUUGAUCGAGCUGCAGGAUCCUCAGAGGAAUCGCUUGGCUCAGUGGAAAGAUGUCCAACCCAACAGUGGCAUUGCGGACCUUUCAUUUCAGCUGUCUCCUGAACCUGCCCUGGGAACUUAUACCAUCAAAACUGAGGAAAUGAAGUACAUCUUUACUGUAGAGGAGUAUGUGCUUCCUAGAUUUGAAGUGAGUCUUAAAACUCCAUCAUCCAUCACAGUUCUUGACUCAAAUGCAACAAUGACAACAUGUGCCAGGUAUACAUUUGGACAACCAGUUCCAGGCACUGUGACUCUCAAAAUCUGCCAAAACAGUAGGUGGUCCCAUCCGUGGAGGUGGGGACCAUCCAGGCAAGAGGGAGAAAAGAAUGUUUGUCAUCUUCAUACAGCCAAGAAUGACCAUUCUGGAUGCCUGAAGUCCACUGUGGACCUCUCCAAAUUCCAGAUGCAAAAUCCAGGUUAUGACAGAAAGCUAGUGGUGGAGGCUUUUCUGGAGGAAGAAGGAACAGGCAUAACAAUAAAUGCCACAUCUCAACAAUGUGAUAUUUCAUCCCAACUCACCAAGAUUUCAUUCAAAGAUUCAAAGUCCUAUUUUCAGCCAGGUGCACCCUAUAGAGGAAAGUUAGUUUUGGAAUCAUUUAAUGGAAAGCCACUUUCUGGUCAGAAGGUUCACCUCACCACCUUUCUCAAAGACGAGUCCAUAACAGAGACAUUUACCACUGAUUCUGCUGGGGAGGUUUCAUUUCAACUGUCCACAUCUAAAUGGGGUGCAGACUCUGUAUCAUUAAAGGCAUUCACUGAUGAGAAAGAUGAAGACUAUAAGAGGGAUCGUAUUGCUGCCCGGUAUGGUACCAGUUACCUAUAUCUGGAAGACAUUUAUGUGAAAAGUCAAGACUCUGUGUAUAUUCACCCUAUAAAGAGUGCUGCACUUUGUCAUGAGAACAUGGCUGUCCGUGUUGAUUAUGACCUUGGAGAAAAAAAGUUCAAAGGAGUGAACAAAGCCAACAAAGUCAACGAAGUUAAUGAAGUCAACGAUGAGAAUGAUCUGAAAUUCUUCUAUGUUGUUAUGUCUCAUGUUGGGAAGAUUUUGUACAGCGGCCAGAAGACAGUGAGCCAGGAGAAAGCAGACUCAAAUAUUGGAAUUUUGUACAAAGGCCAGAAGACAGUGAGCCAGGAGAAAGCAGACUCACGUUCAGGAUCCAUAGAGAUUUCUCUCCCAGUCCGAGAUGUUUCUCCCAAUGGGAAGAUUCUUGUUUUCACCUCAUCUGAUGAUGGUGAGGUGGCUGCCGAUACCGCAACGUUCCAAGUGACUGCAUGCCUGAAGCAAAAUGUCACCCUUGGGUUUUCUGAGGAUCAAGUGCUCCCCGGCUCACUUGUCAAGUUGAAUCUCAGAGCCGCCGCUGGCUCUUUAUGUGCACUCCGAGUUGUGGACAAGAGUGUUACAUUGAUGAAACCAGAAGAUGAACUCACAGAGGCGAAGAUUCAAAAUCUUAUCAAGACUGUACCCCAUUAUCCAUCAUAUAAAAGAUUAGAUUUUGGCUUUUGUCGUAAUAAUGGACCAAGUAAAGUAUUUGACCCUUGGUGGCAUCAACGGCGUUCAUAUCCAGUGAGAAAGAAGGAUCUUCAGAACAUUAUCGAGGAGAUGGGACUUACCAUUGUGACCAACUGGAAAAUUGAGGCUCCUGUGACCUGUAAGCUUGAUAGAGGAGUGGGGAUGAUGGCCAAGAGCAUGCCUUCUGCUUCUUUGAUGAGGGCACCAGCAGCAGCAUCUAGUAGGACCCUUGCCUAUCUGGAGUCAGCAGAUGCAGAGUAUCAUGAUGAGUCAUUUGCAGAGCCUGAAGAUGAAGUAUCCAGUGAUGUCAGUGAGGAUGUACGAACACAUUUCCCAGAGACAUUGCUGUGGAAACUCCAGCCAAUCCCAUCAUCCGGUUCCAUGGAGACAGAGUUGAAGGUUCCAGACUCCAUCACUGAAUGGAGUGGCCAGAUGUUCUGUACAGGAGCUGGAAGUUUUGCUCUCUCUAAACCCACAACACUGAAUGUUUUCAAGCCAUACUUUGUGGAGAUGACUUUGCCAUAUUCAAUAAAGCGUGGAGAGACCUUUGUCCUCAAAGCAAGUCUGUAUAACUACUUGCAAGAAUGCAUGCAGACUGAAGUCACCCUAAUUCAAUCAGAAGAUUUACGUCUGAAGGGAACUGAUAAAAAUAUCCAUAACAUCUGCCUCUGUGCUGGAGAAAAGAAAACCGUAUCCUGGCCAGUGACUCUAACCAGCACAGGACAUAAAAACAUUACAGUCUCAUCUCAGGCUUUAAGUAGCAAGGACACCUGUAGUGGGCAGGAGACAAAGUUAAUUCAGAAAGGACAGAAGGACAUAGUGAUAAAUUCAUUGCUGGUAGAGCCCGAGGGUACUCUGGUGGAGCAGACACACAACUCCUUGCUUAUUUGUUAUGGAAGCUCUGUAGAAGAAAAGGUAAAGCUAGACCUUCCAGAAACAUAUGUCGAAGGAUCAGCAAAAGCAUCGAUUAAUGUCUUUGGUGAUUUAAUGUCAUCGGCACUGAACAAUUUGGACAAUCUCUUGGCCAUGUCCUAUGGUUGUGGAGAACAAAACAUGGUGCGUUUUGCCCCCAACGUCUACAUCAUGCAAUAUUUAGAUUCCUCCCAGCAGCUCAGUGAUGAGAUGCGCAAGAAAGGGAAAGAUUUCUUAACAAAAGGAUACCAACGCCAGUUAACCUACAAACACAAAGCUGGGUGUUACAGUGCAUUUGGAGAGAGUGACAAAGAGGGGAACACAUGGCUUACUGCGUUCGUCCUUAAGAGCUUCAAACAAGCCCAGAAUUUUAUUUUAAUAGAUGAGGAGCAUCUAAAUAAUGGGAUUAAAUGGAUGGAGAAACAGCAGAGAUCAGAUGGUUGUUUCAAGGCCUCGGGACAUCUUUUAAACAAUGCUUUAAAGGGUGGAGUUGACGAUGAGGUUUCUCUCACAAGUUAUGUCCUGGCUGCUUUAAUGGAAGGUGGUAUGUCUCCUGAUAAUCCCAUGGUGGAUAGAGGCAUGCAGUGUCUAAAAAAUGCAUCUCUAGAGGAGGCUAGCACCUAUAAAAUGGCCCUAAUGGCCUAUGCUUACACUUUGGCGGAUCUUCCAGAUGCCCGAGCGGAACUUCUUCAGAAAUUGGACAGCAGAGCAAUAAAAGCAGAUGGUUCAACUCACUGGACCCAGGCAUCCAAAGCUGAACCAGAUAAUUUCUGGUCCAAACCCAAUUCUGUGGAUAUUGAAUUGACAUCGUACGUACUUCUGUCAAAGGCUUCGGCCAAACAAGUGUCUACGAAGGAGCUUGGAGAAAUGGUGGCCAUCAUGCGAUGGUUAUCAAAGCAACAGAAUGCCAAAGGAGGAUUCCGUUCCACUCAGGACACAGUGGUCGCACUCCAAGCUCUUGCAAAAUUUGGAUUACUGACUUUCUCAAAAGAUGGGAAUGUUACAGUAACGGUUAGCUCAGAGAAUGGUUUCCAGCAGAAGCUCCAUGUAGAUGACAGCAAUCGUCUCAUCCUGCAAAGGACUUCCUUACCACAAAUCCCUGGAGAAUACACAAUUACCGCCACAGGUGUGGGGAGUGUUUAUGUACAGGUAAUUAAGAGGUACCAUACACCCCCUCCAGACAGAGAAGCCACCUUUAAUCUGUCAGUUGUGACCCAGUGCACCAAGAAAGACUUAUUGGAGAUUGCAGUGGAAUUUUGGUACCAAGGAGUGCGUCCUUCUACUAACAUGGUGCUAGUGGACGUAAAGAUGAUUUCAGGAUAUGUUCCCCAAAAGGAAUCCAUAGAAAAGUUAAAGAAAAAAUCAACAGUGAAAAGAGUGGAAACUAAUGAAGACAGUGUAAUUAUCUACAUUGAAGAGGUGACGUCACAGCCGCAGGUUCUGAAAUUUAUUGCAGAACGAAAAGUCGAAGUGACUGACCUAAAGCCUGCCAUUUUGAGGAUUUAUGACUAUUAUAUGCCAGAGGAGGAGAAAAUCAUCAACUACUUGAGUAUUUGCACAUAAGAGAAUUAUUAUCCGUCCAGGUGUUCCUGCUAAGCAAUUCUUCAUUCACCUUGUCAAUUCAGAAUAUCAAAACAUUUCUCCCUGUACUCAUGCAUGCACACUCAAACACACUGAAAUACAGUCACACAAUCACACAUACAUACACUUUGAAAUAUACACCCAGUGACAAAAGUAUAUAAAUGCACAUGCACACUUUGAUAAAACAUUGUCACUAGUGCACACCCUUCAAAUGCGCCUAUUUAUGUUAAUAAAUACAUUAAUUCGUUGAAGACUAGUCACAUGUCACCUGGUUAUUCUUUUAUUCCUGCACAGCUAAGCAAUAAAAUAUUUCCUCCCUAUAUCGUGUCUUUGUGCU